AGUAAGAAUCAGGCUGCAGAACCCGGAAGUAGGCCGUCGGGAUUGUUUAUCAGUCCACCAUCUUUUAUGCGAUUCUAUUCAUCUGUUUCCUUUCCACUGCGCCUUGCUACAGUUUCCUUUACCUGUCAGGGCUGGGAUGAUGGAAGGGUGUGACAAGUUUCAAGACUUAGAAACGCGCGUCCAGGACCUGGAAAAGCGCGUGUACGGGGAACGGGGAGGACGAAAUAAGACGUUGAAGCUUGCUGAUUCAGUUACAAAGAUCCAGACAGGGCUUGCGAACACGGCCAACAAGAGGGAGCGAGUGAAAAUUUUGCACAAAAAGAUUGAAGACCUCAUGAGGUAUUUGGACCCACAAUUCACUGACAGCAUUGCAGUCCCUGACUCAAUGAAGCUAGAAUUCAUCUUAGCUGAGGAACAGUUCCUGCUGUCACAGGCUGCACUCCUGGAGCAGGUCAGCAAUCUCCAGCCCCUCCUGGACAGCAGCCACAUUAGAGCUGUGCCGGAGCACGCCACCAGACUGCAGCGGCUCUCCCAGGUCCACAUCAGGCAGCAGGACCAGAGUGAGGCGCUUUCCGAGGAGGUGAAGAAGCAGUUUGAAGAUUACAACAAGACGAUGUUCCUGCUCUCCAAGCAGUUCACCCAGUGGGACGAGUCGUUGCGGCAGCUAGAGGGGGCCAAGCAGGUGAAGCCGGUGGACUAGCGGGGCGGUUCAGCACCCGCCACCCCAGCCUCUGUCACCCACUGCCCUUUCGACCCCACUAAUGCAAAGCGCUGCAGCAAAUAAUACAAACCUGGCAAAUAAGUCUCUGCAGUCAGUAUGGUUUUUGUGCAGUUUGAGUAAAACAGUGUGUUUCUUUUGAUGAGCAAAUAUGACGUUAUUUAAAACGGGCUUAACUUUAAAAAACUGGCAGCACCUAUUUUCCCAUACGAUUAUAGAUAAUAAUGCACUACAGGUAUCAGAUCUGUUUACCUAUUCAUUAAAGUGUGAACGUGCACGUUGAGGCUUGUGAUGUCAUAUUGUACUCCUGUAAUUCCAUUUUGUGCUAGGAAAUCUCCAUUUCAGAGUCACAUUGUUGAAGUAGCUCUGUAAUAUACAGGUUCCUUAAAUUUUUGAGAGAAAAAUUGCAUUAUUUAAAGUAUUUUGGAUUUUGCUUAUUUAGCUGACAAAUAUCAGUAGCCAGUUAUCUGUACGCUGGGGACGUUCUUACAACGGCUUAGUGCUUCCACUCAUAUCUGUUCGAAGUAAAUGUUUUACUGACACAAAAUAAUCCAAAAAUACAUACAUAAAUAGUGCAAAUACUGUGGAGCAAAUCUACCGAAAGAUAUCACGUGUGCAUUCACUGCCUAAUCGCACAGUCUUUACACUAACUUGCUCACUUUCCCAGUAAACUAUGUUGGUGUGUGAAGCUCAUGAAAUUGAACUUUUUAAUAUUCUUCUCUGAUUAUCCCAAAAUACAUGUGCAUCUGUUUUUGAUAAAAAAUGAAAAUGUACAAUGCUGUUGAAACGUGGAUGCUGCUUAUUUGCACUCUGGAAAUACAAUAACAUAUGUUGGAGAA